AUGCCACAUACGGACGGCGAGGCGGUCGCCGACGCGACCGCUGAGUCCGAGCCGCCAGUCGCCCCAACCGAGGAGUCGGAUUUCGACGCCGCUGUGGCCGCGCUCCGGAUCCGCAAGGACCUCCCGCGUCCACCGUACCCUACGCCGCCAAUCCUAGCCGUGUCGACAGCAUCGGUCGAGAGCAAAGUGGUUGCGGUUCAGGCCUACAUUGAGAAGCUGGGAUACAACUUCACCGAGGUGCGCAAGCAGAGACCGAUGAGCCGAAUCCUGGAGACGGCGCGCGAGAUCACGAGGCUGUCCCUCCCGAUCAAGUGCGUCGAGGCCGUGUUUUUGGCUGCCUACCUCACCCAGGGCCAGCGCGAGCUCGAGCGUGUGCCGCUUAGCUUCAAGUCGUCGGUCGACGGCCAGACGUACAAGCACAUCGUGCUCGCGCUCAAGCUCAACUCCAAGUGGGGCUGCGUCGGACUCAGCCGGCGGCGCGAGCUCUACUACAAAAAGUUUGGUUAUGACUCCCUCGCCGGCCUCGUGCUCGAGUUUCAGCGCUCAUACUCCUCCGUGUUCCAUUCGCUCAAGCGCGUAAAGGCGGGGCUGCCACUGCCGCAUGAGCCGGUUGCGGGCCAGAGAUUAGAUGCCCGAUCCCCUCAGUGCGUCGCCUCUCCUCCCUCCUUGUCCAGCUGCGGCUUCCCACACUCGCGCGCGCAUCCGCACCCGCUUAGGCGAGUACGUCUUUUGGGACUACCUGCUGCUGAGGCAAAGGCGCCGGCCUCGGCGGACAAAUCAGCAGCGAGGCGACGUGAGGCGGGCGGCGCGAGCGACGGCUCGGAGUCGAGCGACGCGGACGUCGACGGCAGGGGUGGGGAGGCUGUGACGCCCGCGGAGGAGAGACUCGAUUGCACGAAGACCGAAGCGCGUGCAACUGUGAGGACCGACCGCGACUUGAGAGCGCAAGGGGAGCGGGGAACGUUUCUCAAGGUGUGA